GAGUCCAAGUAUGUCAGCCUCUCCUCUCUUGCUCUUUUUCCCCUCUCCCCACUCUCCGCAGGGCUGGAUGCUCUUUCUGUCCGGACCUUGGACAUAUUAAAGUAGGUCCGGACUGGGAAAUAAGGAAACCGAUACUUAGCAGACGCGUCGCCUGAAGUUGUGAACUUGUGACUGUGACACGUUGCCUAGAAGUCGAUCAGCACAUUGGCUGUCUGCUGAACAUAUAUUGAAUCUACUAAUCGACAACGAUGCUAGAAGAAGACCACAUACAAAGACUAAACGCGGAGGAGAUGUUGCAGUCGUACGUCUCCGACACUCUGGACUACUUUGACACAUUGACCUCAUUCUGUAACGAAAACUCCAAAUGGAGGCUCGAGAGGGAGACAGAGCUGAAGCUGAUGAGGGACAUCAAGGAGAGGGCCAGUCGACUGAACCGUGGGUUCCUCCAGGUGUUCAAGUCUACAGACAAAGUCAAAGCCUUCUGGGAAUACCUUCGCACCAAGAGUUCAGGCUCUAAACGCGAGGAGCUGGAGAAAGAGCUCGCUACUGUGCUGAAGAACACUCUGGAAAGAGUGAAGAAGCUCACCUACUUCCUUGAUGCUGUGGAGAAGCUCGCAGUAACUUCUCUGCAGGUGUUCACGGGCGGAGAAGAGGUGGUGAAGCUGUCUCUGGGGAUCAGCCUGGAGAGCGUGAAGGACAUCAUCUCAGCUGCCCGGCUGGUCUGUCCUCUCCUCCUGCACUUCAAGAGAGAUGCUGAGGUCUUCUUCACGCCCAGCCUCCACAACGUGGCCGUCUUUGCGGCUGAGUUGGACAAAUACAUCCGCACCACUAAGAUUAUCUGUAAAACGAUUGACGCAAGCUUUACUGUCGGCUUCGGGCACAAAAGACGCCGCCAGCCUUUGGUUGAGUUUGCGGAGGAUCUCACGGAGGACGACCUGCAGAACACCCUGGCCCACGUCGAAGCCCUCUGCAGUCUCAGGAGGGACCAGGACUUCAGACUGGUGUUCUUAUUCCAGGAGAAGCCAGUCUCCGGCUUCGUCGACCAGUUCAGCGAGUGUCGUCCCAGAAUGCUCCAGUUCCUCGAUGAAAUGGAGGGCUGUGCCGUCCAGCUGGACCGGAUGAGCAUGGGCUCCAAGAUCUCCACUGUGGCUGGGAGCUCAGUGGGGGCCUUGGGGGGGAUUCUGGCCAUCGUGGGUCUGGCUCUAGCCCCGGUGACAGCUGGGGUGUCUCUGGGUCUGACCAUGGGGGGGGUGGGUCUGGGGGUCACCAGUGGUGUAAACAGUGUAGUCACCACAGUAACGGAGAUAGCGGUCAAUAAAGCCCAGCAAGAGAGAGCCAACGAAGGCUUCCAGAGCUUCAUGGAGGAUGUGGAGAGAAUCCAGGUGUGCCUGGAUGAGGUGACCAAUCAGAGGGAAGAGGUAGUAGGGGAUGAUUAUGGUCAUGCGUUUGAGGGAGGAGCCAAGGUUGUCAGAAAUGUAGGUAAAAUUGGCCAAGGCAUAUAUGACCUUGUGGACGGCCUUGAUGACUUAGGGAUGGCGGUAGCCCGUGGGCCAGCCGUCCUCUCCAAGGCCGCCAGGGCUGGGUUCAUCGGCCUCAACGCUGUGUUCCUCGGUUUAGACAUCUUCCUCAUCUGCAAGGACAGCAUCAGUUUGGCCAAAGGGGACAAGAGCGCCAUCUCCCAGUUCAUCAGGGCCAGGGCGGCCCUCCUGCACUCGAUGCUCGACGCGUGGCAGACGAUGCACGAGGCCCUGCUCCGUGGGCUGCUGGAGUCCAAACGGGGCCGCAGUUUACUGGAGCAGCCUUUCUGCAGUCUGAUCAGUGACUCUUUAAGUUACACCCAGUGCUUCAUAGCAUUUGAGGAACAAAGAAGUACACAGAUGAACAAGGAAGCAAGGAAAGUUUAUCUCAAGUCCAUCAUAGUUGUGAUGUUUGUGGGUUGCUUUUGUUUUUUCUUUUUGUGGAAAAAAACCCUGAUUCUGUAAACCCUGAUUCAGAAGGGAACAAAGGAACCGGGACCAGAGGUACUUAAUUACCCUUAGGCAUCAUACCGCUGCAUAAUACUAACCAUAUUACUGAGAACCGGCCCUUCAACUAAGACGUUCUCUUUGCUAUACUUGCCGCAUUACUGAGAACCAAGGCACAAUCAUUAAUAUGUUCUGUUUGCAAAUUUGACUAACUCAUUCACUCAGAGAUGGUCAAAUUAAACAGUUGGAAAUCAUUCAAUCAUCAUGUAUGUGUGUGUCCUGGCCAUGCAUCUAUUGACUGAUGUUGGCUGGAAGUUCUCCCCUCCAUCUGACAGGGGUACACGGGUGGUGGAGGAAAUCACCUCAGGGUUACAGACAGAGGCACCUGCUACCUAUCCCUCUAUUAUCCAGAAGCUCAGACAUCGUUUAUUAAACGUGUAUACCAAAUAAAGUAGUCAAAAGUAGAAAGAAGGAAAACACAACUGCAAUAGGCCUACGAUAAAUAUAUAUUAGUGCCUUCCCGCAAGCUUAAAGAAAUAACCAAAUAAAGAAAUUACCAAAAUAAGCGAAAUGUGGAUUUCUUGUGUGAGGGACGAUGUAUGGAACUCUACCUGGUACCUUAUAAAGGCAGUGGAGAGACUUCGCCACAGGGUGGCGCCCAUGCUGCUUUAAUUAACACCAUGUAGUGACGCAGUAGGCGGGCUUCUGAUAUGAUAACUUUAAAUGUUUUAGAAAUAUUUCCGUCUUACAAAUAAUACAUUUGUGUUGAUUUUUGUGUGCUGCAGGGGAAGAUCUGUUCGUAAUGGUAUGGCCAUGCCCACCAGUUCAUGUUCUUGUUCAUGUUCUUGAAGCUCAUUUCAGUUUGUGCCCUAAGAAAUACUAUCAAAAAUAUGGUUUUGUUUCCACUGCGCCGAUUCAGCCUAUUGAUUUUGGGUUUAUUUUCCUUCUAAAAUGGCCAAUAAAAUCAACAAAUUGGA